AUAGCUUGUUUAUCUUAUACGUAAAUCCGGCACUGGUUCCUAGGAUCCUUAGGCCGGGGUGGGUGGGGAGCCAUGACAGUUCCAUAGCGGUUCUGUAGCGCUUUGCAUUUACGGUGGGUCCAAAUACAGAGACGCUUAGCGGCUGGGAGUCUGUUUGGAGAGGUUUGUUACGCAGAGGCCAAAAAGAAGAGGCCCCUUCCCCAAUUUUGUAGGGAGAAGAAGAAGCCGGGGUGGGGAGAGGGCUGGGUGGCGGUGGCAAAGGCUCUUAGCCUGGAUAGGACUAGGCCUCAGCCUGCAUUCCUGCUCUGAUCCGCUUUGAAGGUUUUUAUUUUUAUUUUUUCCCCCAGGUGCAGAUACUUUGAGUCACAACAUUUGCUUCAUUGAAGGAGCUUUUGAACCAUUGCCAUGCAGGCUCUUCUGGGAAUUUUCUUCUUCUCUCUGCUAACUACAGGUGCCUCCUUGGACUGUGUAGUUUGCCGUGGACAAACAUUCUGCACUGGCAAAAAGGAACCUUGCCCUUCUGCUGAUGAUGUGUGUUACAUUACUUUGGCAGAACGCCCAAAAGAUAACACCACAGUUACAAAAGUAGUGAAAGGCUGCCUUUCCCCUGACCUCUGCAAAAUAUGGUUCGAGAUCGAUCUUGGACAGGAUAAACACAUCAGGGAAAGCACUGUCUGCUGCUCAAAGGAGAAUUGUUCGCCAGAUUCCCCUGAAUUGCCAAGAAUGCCCCCCGAUGUCAAUGGAAAGUUUUGCCCAUCCUGCUAUUCUAAAAAUGAUGUAUGCCCUGAGGAAUAUGUCUAUUGUACUGGAGGGAAUGCUUUCUGCAUAGGUUUUAUCACGGUUACAGACACGAACGUCGUAAAUAGCACCAUGAAGGGCUGCAUUUCUGAAUCUGGCUGCCAGACACUACAAUCAAUGAACAGAUCGCUUUCUGCCUUUCCUAAUAUGAGAAAUGUGACCUGUUCCCAGGCCAAGGUCUCUCAAGCCAGCAGGGCUGCUCCCUCGUUAGCAUAUCCCCUCCUGGUUCUCCUGCUGAUGAAACUUCUCUUAUAAUGUCUCUUUUGCAGCAUCUCAGCAAUGAAGAAAUACUCCUCUCUUCCCCCUUUGCCUCUUGUUUUCACUUCGGCCUUUCAAGGGUAUUUGCCUUCUUCUCUGUUGUAUUGAGUGAAAGUUAAUAAAAGUUGAAAAAACUGA